AUGGGUUCUAAGUUCACUUGGUGUAACAACAAGAAUGGCAAUGCUCGUAUAUUGGAGAGGCUUGAUAGGUGUUUAAUCCAUUCAUCAGCUUUAAACUUGUUACAAAUUGCAUUUCUUAAGCACUUAUCUCGCAUAGCUUCGGAUCAUUGCCCUUUACUACUGAAUAUCUACAAGCUGAUUGAGAAGAUGCAAAAAGAUAUUCGUUAUGAAGAAACCUGGGCUACUUAUUACAGGGCGACGGCUUUGGUAAAGAACUUAUGGAACAAGAAAAGUUUGGCUGAUCCACAAGCUUCCUUUACUGAAAUUGAGAAGAACUCUUAG